CACGUGGCUACAAAUCAAGUUCAUAGCACAUUUCUACCUGCUGAGUUUACCAUCACCUCUAUAAUGUCCGCUAAUUUUUUUUGUCUCUGCAGACUGCUUUCGUUUCUAUAAACAGUGAACAAAAUUUUAUGAAGCUUUAUCAUGUAUAAGUUCAGUAGCAGGGAAACAAAGAUACAGUCACCUGGUUUCAUUUCAAGGACCGGUGGUUUGAAAUCGAGGAACCCAAGAAAACUGGUCACAUUCCUAACACUCUGUUUCUCGGCGAUUGGGGUGCUUGCGCUCUAUUCAUUGCUAACAUCCACUGAGAGGUUGAUCCCUGCCAAACAGACACUUGAAAAGAAUUACCUGGUGUACACGCCUGGGUGUACCAUUCCCGAACUGGAUCCCUACGAUGAGUCAAUCCGGAAGUUUGUGCAGGAAGUUCCUGACUUACACUGUGGCAAAGUACCGCUCUCCUUAACUGUCCAGGAUGGACUUUGGAUGAGAAUCAACCAAUCACAGAUAGGCAUCGUUUCACCAAUCUUCGGCCACUGUUCAUACAGUGUUAUCACACGCACGCCAAAUUCAGAUGGUGAUUUCACUCUUUCAAAACCGAUAAAGUUUGAAAAUGAUUUUGAGGUAUCCGAUGAGUAUAUUUCUGUUAGCUGCUUUAACAAGGAAGGCAAGAUCAUGUACAAAAACUACCACGCGUUUGUGUUACCUAAAAACAUUUCUACAGAAAAUCAGACAGUGUACACAGAAGAAGCAAGUCCUUCAAAUGGACAACCAAGCGUUGUUUUCGUGGGCGUGGACUCCGUUUCGCAACUCAACAUGAUCCGACAGCUGAACAGAACACGCCACUUUCUCACGCAGAUUCUCGGAAGUGUUGAAUACAAAGGCUACAACAAAGUUGCGGACAACACAUUUGUCAAUAUUGUUCCGCUGCUUGCCGGGAAGUUUAUCGCCGAAGUGCCGUUUGAUGAAUCUACAAUGAGAAAUAGGUUUCUGGAUGAUAUUGACUUUUUGUGGAAAGAGUUUUCUUCCGCUGGAUAUACGACAUUUCUUGCCGAAGACGCUCCACAUAUCGGUACGUUUAAUUACCUUAAGGCUGGUUUCCGUCAACCACCUACAGAUUACUACUUGAGACCAUUUAGCUUAGCCAUGCUUAGAGAUAAGUCCAUCUGGAACACGAAUAGUUAUUGUGUUGUAGACCGUCUGGAAACACGCAUUGUUCUGGACUACAUGUCUGAUUUUCUGGAGCAAAAUCAAAAUAAAUCUGUCUUUGCCUACGCAUUUUUAAGCAAAAUCAGUCAUGACUUAAUAAACGAGGUAGGAGGAUCCGAUUAUCUUUACUUAAAAUUUUUCCAAAACCUAAAAGAGAAAAAUCUUCUAGAAAAUACAAUUUUGUUUUUCUUCAGCGACCAUGGGAUACGUUUUGGCGGUUUACGUAAUACCUACGUUGGUAAGAUGGAGGAAAGGUUGCCAAUGAUGUUUAUUCACUUGCCGAUGUCUUUUAAAUCGAGAUAUCCGCAGGCUACCAGAAAUAUUAACCUGAAUGCGCAUAGACUUACAACCCCCUUUGACAUCUAUUAUACCCUGAAGGAUAUCGUGUCAGAAAGCUUUGAAGAAUCCUCAGACCAUCACCAGUCAGAGCGAGGCCUGAGUUUAUUCUCUGAGGUAUCCACCAACAGGACAUGCGAGUCGGCAGCAAUCGCUCCUCACUGGUGCACCUGCCAAUCUCAAGUCGAACUCGACGUACACGAUAAAAUCGCCCGGAGAGCAGCCGUGUUUGCGGUGGACCACAUCAACCAGGAUGUUAAUAAUAGUAUGUGUGCUAUACUACAACUGAAAGCUAUCAAUCGUGCGUGGCGGUCCGUUAUGAAUCCCGAAGUCUUAAAACACAAUCAUAAUUUGCUUGAUAAAGAGCAGUCUGUUACCGACUACCAGAUAAUGUUUACGUCGGUUCCCGGUGAUGGCCAGUUUGAAGCAACAGUUCGCCAUGUCGAAACUAAAGAUUUAUUCAAGCUGACAGGGGAUAUAAGCCGGAUUAACCUGUACGGUGAUCAGUCUCACUGUGUCCACGACACCAAACUGAAAAAGUACUGCUAUUGUUCAGUGCAAAUAUAAUGAUUUAUAUCUUUAUUUUUCUGCCUGUGGUGUGUUCAGUUGUGACUAAAAAAUCUGGAUUGAUUGAUUAUCAUGUAACAUUUGUUUUCAAUGGGAAGAAAAAUAACAUCAAAUCUAUAAAUAAUGUGAAAAGUAGUCUUACGGUCUGGGAUUUUCCAUAAACUUGAUUAUCACACUUCGUGUAAGUUUCCUGUUCUAUUAUUGUGAUUUUUAUCAAAUUAUGACGUACCACACACAAGCUUUGCACAUGGCAUAUUUAUAUUUCACAUGGCUAAUUAAUCUCAAUUGAAUUAGUAUUUUGGCGAAAUCAUGGCUACAGUAACAAGAUCCACGGAGAAAACAAACAACCUGCGGCAAAUUACUGAUCAACUUUGCUAUCUAUGACUUAUUUGCACGCCACAGUGGUCUGCGACGUACAUUAGACAGUUCAAACAGCCCUCGUUGAACGCUAAUGACUACGAAGACUUCACGAACAAUGCGAGCGGGGAAUCUACUAAGC